GAUGUGGCAGUGAAGGUGCUGAUCAACCAGGACAUGCAGGAGGAGCAGCUGCUGGAGUUCAAACGAGAGGUGGUUAUCAUGCGUCGACUGCGCCAUCCCAACAUUGUGCUCUUCAUGGGAGCAGUUACCAAGCCUCCGCACCUCUCCAUCCUCACAGAGUUCCUUAGCAGGGGAAGUCUGUUCCGUCUGCUUCAUCGGCCGGGGGCAAAGGAGACCUUAAAGGAGGACCGGCGCAUUCGCAUGGCCAUGGAUAUUGCGCGAGGCAUCAACUACUUGCACCAUUGCACGCCCAUGAUCGUGCAUCGUGAUCUCAAGACGCCUAAUUUGCUAGUGGACAAGAAUUUCACUGUUAAGGUCUGCGAUUUUGGCCUGUCUCGCAACAAGAACAGCACCUUCCUCUCGUCCAAGUCGGGUGCAGGCACGCCCGAGUGGAUGGCACCUGAAGUGCUGCGUAACGAACCGUCCAAUGAGAAGUCGGAUGUGUACAGCUUUGGAGUGAUUCUGUGGGAGCUGGUCACGCUGCUGCAGCCAUGGGACGGCAUGAACCCCAUGCAGGUGGUGGGAGCAGUGGGAUUCCAGAACCAGCGCCUCACCGUCCCGCCUGACCUCGACCCGGCUCUCUCCUCACUCAUCCUCGACUGCUGGCACAAUGACCCCAAGGACCGUCCUAAGUUUGACGAUAUCAUGAUUCGGCUGAAGCCAAUUGCUCAAAAGGCAGCAGCGGGAAAGAGUGUGUGUGGCGCCGGCGGUGCCCCUGCUGCUCGUGCGACUAGCUUUUCAGCUGGCUGUUUGUUCGAGCCGCUUAUUCGUGGAGGGCAGAUCCGAGCUGAUUUCCGUGUAGCGUGCCUUACUCGUUUCCAAGGCAAGCUUAGCACGAGACACCAGCCGGCCUCCAUCGCUACGGAUCUUGCUUCAGCUGCGGCUCCACCCGCGAAUGCCAGAUUCGCGUCGACGACUUCCGCGUCUACUGCAGCAGCAGGAGCUUCUGGUGUUUCAUCAGGUGUUUCGUCAGGAGCAGCCAAAGUGGCAGCUAAGGCGGGAGCGGAGAUUCCCUCGUUUGCCGAGUCGCUUCAGAAGAGGUUCGGAACGACGGAAGGCCGGGAUUUCGUGCUGCUGACCGCGGGUCUCGCGUUGGCUGGGCUCGUUGGGGAGCGCAUUCUCUCAGACCGCCGUUCCUCCGCAGCAGCAAAGUCCCACCACCCUGCACCAUCACCACCACCAUCACCAUCACCAUCACCAUCACCAUCACCAUCAGAUGCACCACCAGCAGCACAAGCAUCAGUUUCGCCAGAAGCCUCAUUCACAGAUUCGUCUUCUUCCGAACCAACCACCGCACCAGCAAGUGAUGCUGCCGCACCUGAACCUGCCGAAGCUGAAUCAUCUCCAGGCUAUGUAGCUGAACUAGAAGCAAAGGCAGAGGAGAAAGCAAAGGAUGUGGAAGCAAAGGCAGAGGAGAAAGCAAAGGAGAUUCUGGAGAGACCUCCUCUUGCGGAUGCUGUUGACGUGCUGUCAAGGUAUGUGGAGGAGUUAGAGGUGAAGGGGGCGGAGUUGACGAGAGAAGCGGAGGAGAAGGCGGAAGCGGUGGUGGCAGCGGUGGUGAGCGAGGUGGCGAAGGCAGGGGAGAAGGUGGAGGAAGCAGGAAGGGAGGUGGGUGAAGCGGUUAGUGCGUUGGGGGAGACUUUGGCUGAAGAGUUUAUGAAAGGCGGGCCGUGCAGGGAGGAGUUUAUAGCGUGGGAGGGGUGUGUGGAGGCAGCAGAAAAGGCUGGGGAGAGUAUUGUGGACCGGUGUGUGGGUCCCACUGAGGCGCUUAAAACUUGCAUGGAGGGGAAUGAGGGGUACUAUGGGGUGGUGUUGCAGGCUGAAGCUGGGAUGAAGGCUGAAGCUGCGGCGGCGGCGGCUGAAGCAAGUGCUGCUGCUGGGGAGGUGGCUUUGGUGCAAGAGGCUGCUGCUGUGGUGGAGGCAGCAGGGGAAGGAGGGGUGAAGGAGGGCGUGGAACGAAGGCAGCAGAGUAGGGCUGUGAUGCUGGCGAAUGGGAGAUUCAAGUCGAAUUCUGAAGUUUGGAACUCUGUUGCCUUGCGAAGCUUGGCUCAGCUAUCAGCCUCAUUGGACUGUCGUCAACCCAGCAAGCCCAAGGGCGCCAGUUCCGCGGAGCCCGCGGAAGGGUCCGCGGAACUGGCGGAAGGCCUGGCGGAAGGUAUAGGGGAGGGCAGAACUGGCGCUACUGGCGGAGGUUUCGAUUCAGAUGUCGUGGGGGGAGCGGAAUUGGCGGGAGAGAGGGGAAACGCGGAGCCAGUGGCGGAAUGGGGCGCGGGGGAGGAUGGUGGAGGAGCGGAAGCAGGUGAAGGGAAGGGCGCGGGAGUAGGCGGAUUUCCCCCAGUGCAUCAAGAGAUGGUGACAGGGGGUUCGGAAGACGGUUUGGCGGAGGGGCAAGGGAAAGGCGCGCUGGCGGAGAGUCAAGGGGAAGGCGCGUUGGCGGAGGGGCAAAGGGAGGGGGGAGGUGAAAAUUUGGACGGAGAGGUGACAAUAGACGGUGGUGACAAUAACAGGGGCGAUAGAGGUGAUUUUGCUCCUGCGAGUGGGUGUGGUGUAGAUCACGGGGGAGUGGGGGGAGAGGGGGGAGAGGAGGAGCAGAGAAAAGGGGGAGGGACGGGGGAAGAGGAUAUGAUUAGAGAGGAGAAAGGGGGAGAGGUGGAGGGGGAAGAGGAGAAAGGGGAUGCGGAGAUGCGGGUAGAGGAUGAGGAAGGGGAGAAAGAAAAAGGGGAAGGGGAGAAGGGGGGAGAGGCUAAGGAAGAAGAGGAUAAUGGGAAAGAACUGAUGGGGGGAGAGGAGCUAGGAAGAGAGGAGAAGGGAGAAGAAGAAAAGGGGGAAGAAGUGAAGGGGAGAGAAGAGAAGGUGGAGGAAGAGAAGGGGAAGAAGAGAAGGUGGAAGAGGGGAUGCGGAAAGGAGAGUAUUCUUGAGUGCACGGAGUCACCUGACGCUCAGCCGGACGCUCAGUUGACAGCGGGUGUUGAGGUUCUUACGCCAACUCCCUAUCCAGUUGCUGUGAAGGCAGAGACCGGAACGGGAGCUGCUGCUAUGGAUACUACUAACUCACCUGCUACUGAUGCAGCUGCUACUGACUUACCUGCUCCAGGCACAAGAGUGUUCACCAUCCCACCCACACCACCACCCCCCCCUUCUCAUGCCCCUGUCUCUGCUACAGUACCCCUCGUAUCACAAGCUCCUCUCUCCCUCCUCCAAUCGCAGCGCGACUGCUUCGCCACGCUGGCGGCCGGCCAGCCACUCACGGACCGCCAGCUGGCGGGCCUGUUCCCGCCGCAGCUGGUGCGUCAGAAGAUCGAGGCGCUCAGGAGGAUAAGGCGGGCGGCAGAGGAGAGAGUGAGGGCGGGGAGGGAGAUGGUGAGAGAGGGGGAGUGGGGGAAACUUGUGGAGGAAGGGGAGAGGGAGGAGAGUGAGAAAGUGGGAGAGAGGAUUGCGAAAUUGGAAUCCUUGCUGGCGGUGGUGCAGGCGCCAGGUGUCAGACGGUCAUUGGAGAUCCAGCUCAGGUGCCUGAAGCUUCGUGGGUUGCAGAGGAAGGUUCGUUUUGAGGUGCUUGCUGAAAAGAGGAUCACUGACUGGGCUUCAGGCGGCGCACUGACUGGUCCUUUGGUGAACGGGCAUGCUGACGUGGCAGAUGCUGACGUGGCGCGUGCUGAGCUGGCUGAUGACGAACUGGAUGUGGUUAAAGUGGUAGAAGAUGACGUGGCGGCAAUGGAAAGUGGGCGGGUGGGGAAGAAAUGGAGAGCAGUAGAGAUGGAGGAGAGCGAGAUAGAGAUAGUAGAAGGGGAUGAGAGUGAGAAAGUGGAUAAAGAGAGAGCGGAGCGAGUGAGAAAGGAGGAGGAAGAGCGAAUCAUGAAAGCCAACGUGGCACACGGGCGGCACCAGCCGCUGCUGGACUGGAGCCUGCUGCGUCUGACGCAUGCUGACGUGGAACGCGCGAUGCUGAGGUGGCAGCUGCCACCUGGCAUGAAACCAUCAGAGGAGGAGGUGGAGGCGUGGGAGGGGGAGGUGGAGGGGGAGGAUUUGUGGGACGAGGAUUAUUACGAGGAGGGGUUAGGGUUUGAGAUAGAGGCGCGGAAGAGAGAUGCUGCAGCAGCGGCGGCAGCGGCUGCUAGAGCGGCUGGUGGUGGGGCCGGUGUGAAUGGCAUUGGCGUUGGUGGGGUUCUGGAUCUGGAUUUUGAAGCUUCAGAGGCCAUUGAGGCGGCUCGAAGGGCUCGUCGUGCAGCAGACUCGGUAGAAUCCGCCGCCCGGUUCUUCGCUGACGUGGCGCAGGCAGGGCGCGACAUGUCAGCAGCCAGCCUGGCGGAGCAGCGGCGGCGGAAGCAGCGGAGCGACGGCGUGCUGACGUGGCACGCGCGUCAGAAGCAGCGCGCGUCGCGGGCCGAGCGCAUGCGAGUGCAGGCACUUAAAGCCGGCGAUCAGGAAGCGUAUUUCAAAUUGGUGGAGGAAAGUAAGAACGAGAGGUUGCACACUCUCUUGGGAAAAACGGAUGAGCUUUUACAGAGGCUGGGGGCAAUGGUGCAGAAGCAGAAAGACGCUGGUGGGGGUGGGGAGGGUGGUGGGGGAGGUGGUGGGGGGAUUGAGGGGAGAGGGGAGGGGAGGGGAGCAGGAGAGGCGGAUGGGGGAGCAGGAGGGGAGGGAGGGGGGACAGGGGAGGGGCAGGAGGGGCAGCAGGAGGGAGCAGCAGGGCAGUCGAAGCGUGACUUAAUGGAGGGGCAGAGGCGGUAUGACCGGGCAGUGCAUUCGAUAGAAGAGAAGGUGACAGAACAGCCCUCGUUAUUGUCACCCGGGCGGCAGCUUCGGCAGUAUCAGAUGGAAGGGCUGCAAUGGAUGGUGUCCCUUUAUAAUAACAAUUUAAACGGGAUUUUGGCGGACGAAAUGGGGCUCGGGAAAACGAUACAAACAAUUGCGUUUAUCGCGUUUAUGGCGGAGAAAAAGGGGGAUUACGGGCCGCAUCUGGUGCUGGCUCCUAAGGCUGUGCUCCCGAACUGGGGAGUGGAGUUUGCAGCGUGGUUUCCCAGUUGCAAAGUGGUGAUUGUGCUGCUGACGCACUAUGACCUUAUUAUCAGGGAUAAGGCAUUCUUGAAGAAGAUUAAGUGGCACUAUGUGAUAGUAGACGAGGGGCAUCGACUUAAGAACCACGAGUCAGUACUAAGUAAAACACUGGUGGCGGGAUACUCGAUUCGGAAAAGACUUUUGCUGACCGGGACGCCGAUUCAGAACAGCCUGGGGGAGCUCUGGGCACUGCUGAAUUUUCUCCUGCCCGCGAUUUUCAACUCGAGCGAUAAUUUUGAGGACUGGUUCAACGCGCCGUUUGCGGAUAAGUGCGAUGUGUCCCUAAACGAGGAGGAGCAAUUGCUGGUCAUUCGGAGGCUGCACCAGGUCAUCCGGCCUUUUAUCCUCCGUCGAAAGAAGUCAGAGGUCGAGAAAUUCCUCCCUCAGAAGCGCCAAGUGAUACUCAAAUGCGACAUGUCCGCCUGGCAGCGCGAAUACUACUCCCAAAUCGUUUCCGCGGGCUGCGUUGGCCUGGACGACAACGGCGGAGGAGGCAAAUCCAGAGCGCUUCAGAACACAGCGAUGCAGCUGCGCAAGUGCUGCAACCACCCCUACCUCUUCCUUCUCGACGCGCUCGACCACCCCUACCAGCCACAAUCUCCCAAUGAGCGCGUUCGGGCAAGCGGAAAAUUUGAGCUGCUGGACCGGAUUCUGCCCAAGUUACAGGCCGGGGGGCAUCGGAUUUUGAUGUUCUCUCAGAUGACCAAGGUGAUGGAUUUACUGGAAGAUUACCUUCGGUCGGUCGGCAUGCUUUACCUGCGUCUCGACGGCAUGACCAAAACAGACGAACGAGGCCGCCUCUUACAGCUGUACAACGCGCCGGACUCGCCGUACUUUAUCUUCCUGCUGAGCACCCGGGCGGGCGGCCUUGGACUGAACCUGCAGACGGCAGAUACGGUGAUUUUAUUUGAUUCUGAUUGGAAUCCCCAGAUGGACCAGCAGGCAGAGGAUCGGGCGCACAGGAUCGGGCAGAAGCGGGAGGUUCGGGUGUUUGUGCUUGUAAGCGUGGGUCUAUAG